CAAACCACCUGGCAACCCUGCGCGUCAUAACAAAAAAACAGAUAGCAGAGUGGAAUAAAUUAAAUUACGUUUUAAAAGCUAAACAAUGGGCGUGUUGGACAAUGUUGCAACCUACUUCACGGGGGAGGCCUCCAGGAACAGGAACUCCUCGUUAGUAGCCGGCCUGCUGUUUUUUGCAGGAUGGUGGGUUCUAAUCGAUGCCAUGUCCAACGACGGCAAGCACGAGAUUACCACAGGACACGUCUUUAUUGGCAUCUUCGGCACCAUCAGCUUUUGCAUGGUGAACGCGGUGAAGGGGGAACACAUCUCGGAGGAGAACCCCUCGGAGUCGGGAGCCAGGAUAGCCAAAAUCUGGCUGCUAGUGGGCUUUGUAAUGGGUUUUGCCUCCAUCAUUGCCGCCGUCUGGGUAAUGAUCGAUGACUUCAUCAACAAUGAAAAGAAGGAUGGCUGGUUUGGAGUGGCCCUGCUGACGCAGAACGUCUUCAUCCUGUUCGCCAGUCUGAUCUACAAGUUCGGUCGCAACGAGGAGGAGUGGAACGAGUAGAGGACUUCCAUCCAAAAUUUUGCACACGGGAACGCUGCUUUUAGUAUCUAGACUCAUACGUACAUAUUCAGGAGUCCCAGGAGUUAUUGCCGGAGGCAGAGGACACCAUCACUCGCAAGGCCUCACCCCAUUUAAAAGCAUAACUUGUACAUCUCUGUUUCCAAUCAGAUUCGAAGGAAUCGAUGAAGUCGUAAGGUAGUUCGAAUGUAAAACCUUAUUACUUCCUAUUCUACCAAUUUGAGUCGGAAUGGAAAGCAGAGUAGGGCUAAUAAUCUCAUUUAUAUUAACAAUAAUAAACGACAAGUCACUUGCGUAAGGCCA